CAUCAUGCCUGAGCCAGCUAAGUCUGCUCCAGCCCCUAAGAAGGGCUCCAAGAAAGCAGUGACUAAAGCCCAGAAGAAAGAUGGUAAGAAGCGCAAGCGUAGUCGGAAGGAGAGCUACUCCGUGUACGUGUACAAGGUGUUGAAACAGGUCCAUCCCGACACCGGCAUUUCUUCCAAGGCCAUGGGCAUCAUGAAUUCCUUCGUUAACGACAUCUUCGAGCGAAUUGCAGGUGAGGCCUCUCGUUUGGCGCAUUACAAUAAACGUUCGACCAUCACUUCCAGGGAGAUUCAGACCGCCGUGCGCCUCCUGCUGCCCGGAGAAUUGGCCAAGCACGCGGUGUCCGAGGGCACCAAGGCGGUCACCAAGUAUACCAGCUCGAAGUAAAUUCUCGAGAACGCAUUAUCAAA